CCAGACGCAGACAUCACAUAGAGACACAGAGACCGCGCGGGGAUACAGCCAGCAGAGAAAUCCUGUUUUUUUUUUGUGGACAAAUAUCUGACUACAACAGUGCCUUUUAGGACUGAUCAACAAGAGCCAGCGGACGCCUGAGACAGAGCUCACAGAGAAGAUGCCUUUCUGCAACGUGCUGGAGAAGAGCGACGGUGUGGUGGUGGGAACCGAGCUCACCUGCAGUGUGCGGGAGGAGAACAAGGCUCAGAGGGAGAGCUACAGUGCCGACUGGAUCAGUGUCUGUCUCAAGACCCAGCCUCAGGACAGACAGACCAUGAACAUGAACGACAUCUCCAGAAGGGAGACUCUGUCCCGGCAGUGGCAGGUCCGCACCCUGGUACAGUCCUGCCCCUCCGGGGUCUACAGGGUGGGCACCGUGGAAAGAGGGGUGAAGGAGCACCAGCUGCUGCCCAAGAGAAACACCCUCCCACUGCCCAUCUUCACGCCCGCGGAGCUGGGCCUCAGGCUGGGCCGCGGAGCCCCGCACACGGAGCAGGACCUGCUGCCCUUCCCCACCCCCGACGGGGUCUGUCCCAGCAAGAGGUCCGUGGACGAGAUCACCAAGGACCUGCCGCCCGUCAAGCCCACCCGCAUGGAGUUCGUCAAAGCACCCAAAAUCCUCGGCCGCUCCAUGUCCCAGGAGGCGCAGAGAGGCUGAAACCUAGGAGCGAAAGAGAAAGAGAGGGCCUAUUAGGGAGCAGCGGGGUAGGCAUGAGACGAGAAAGAACAUGACAGGAGAGGUGUACAUAUGUAGAGGCGUUUCUAGUGGAAUUCAGCAUCCUAGAAGUUUAGCACCCUUUAAGUUACACUUUGUCGAUGUUGGAAUUUGAUGGUCAGGUAAUAAUAGGUAAUGACGUAGGUCUGUGACCUGUGGCGGUCGGUGGAAAAUGACGUGCAAGGAAAAGAAGCGAUGUAGGACAGCGUGACGAAAGAUGGAAAGCGGGAAAGGGGGAGUCAGGAGGGGCAUGGCGGGAUGAGGGGUGAGAGAGCGUGCCUUGGAGUUGGUCACCCUCCAGGUCUCCAGAAGCCAGUGCCAGCCUCUGAUCCGUGUGCAGAGAACAGAAUGCACUGGCAUGAUGACACGGUGCGGCUGUACACAUAAGCGUGCUCAUUUGUGUUUGCCCAUUGAUUCUUCUUAUUAAACCCAAUAACCGGUUCUACACUGGUAAUAACCGACCUGCCGUGUUACCCGAGUGCUAGCACAAUCUGACAGAAGAACAAGUAGUACGAUAGCUGAACAGAUUUAAGGGCAUGUAAAUUAAUUUAAGACGUGUGCAAUAAUGUUUUUUCCUAGAACUGUAAUAUUUUUACAAAUAAAAGUUGAAACACUG